AUGGUCGUGUUUAUUUUUCCAAGGGAGGCCGGCCUCACAAGAUUAAGGAGUUUGCUAAUGCACGGUUGGAAGGGCAAGCCAUCUUCAAGCGACGUCAAGGGCAGCACCACAUGCGCUCGAGGUUCCCUUCCCCGCAUCCCCGCCGCGGAGAAGGUGCUUGGGGAGGGUGGGGUCGGAGGUGGGUCCUUUCUCCGUGCAGCUGUAUUGGCCAGGAAUGUUGACCGGCAGCCCAUCCUGAAGGCCAGGGCGGAGGUGCAGGUGCAGGCAGAUGUGCAGGAGAAGCAAGCCCUGGAGCAGCGCCUGGAGAAUGUGGAGCUCUCAACGGCAGACCAGGUGGCGCAGGUGCAGACCCUCUUCAGGAACCUUGUGGAGAGCCGGGCUGCAGAAGGCCGGCUGAGGGAGGAGGUGCGGGAGAGGGAGGCGCAGGUGCAGACCCUCUUCAGGAACCUUGUGGAGAGCCGGGUUGCAGAAGGCCGGCUGAGGGAGGAGGUGCGGGAGAGGGAGGCGCAGGUGCAGACCCUCUCCAGGAACCUCGCGGAGAGCCGGGCUGCAGAAGGCCGGCUGAGGGAGGAGGUGCGGGAGAGGGAGGCGCAGGUGCAGACCCUCUCCAGGAACCUCGCGGAGAGCCGGGCUGCAGAAGGCCGGCUGAGGGAGGAGGUGCGGGAGAGGGAGGCGCAGGUGCAGACCCUCUCCAGGAACCUCGCGGAGAGCCGGGCUGCAGAAGGCCGGCUGAGGGAGGAGGUGCGGGAGAGGGAGGCGCAGGUGCAGACCCUCUCCAGGAACCUCGCGGAGAGCCGGGCUGCAGAAGGCCGGCUGAGGGAGGAGGUGCGGGAGAGGGAGGCGCAGGUGCAGACCCUCUCCAGGAACCUCGCGGAGAGCCGGGCUGCAGAAGGCCGGCUGAGGGAGGAGGUGCGGGAGAGGGAUGCGCAGGUGGAAGCGCUCUUUAGGGACCUCGAGGAGAGCCGGGCUGCAGACGGCCGGCUGAGGGAGGAGGUGCGGGAGAGGGAGGCGCAGGUGCAGGCGCUCUCCAGGGACCUCGAGGAGAGCCGAGCUGCAGAUGGCCGGCUGAGGGAGGAGGUGCGGGAGGAGGCACAGUCACGCGAAGGAGUUGGAGCAGCGCUUGGCUGCAGAGCGCACGCUCGCAGCCCGUCUGGCGGCCGCCAUGCAACAACUGGAGGACAGCCGGGCGGCACAUGGCCAGCUGAGGGCUACCACCAGCACUCAGAGCCGCUGCACAUGCCGGCCAAGCUCAAGGCACUCAGGGAAGGGAAAGCAGGAAAGCCAGUGGACCUCCCCCUUGGCAGCAGGAGCUACGAGGUCGAUCGGCUAUUGGGCAAGGGCGCAUAUGCGAGGGUGUAUGGAGCAAGAGAGACCCCUGCCGGGAUGGCAGAUACUGCUACCGAGAGCACUGUGGCCCUCAAGCUUCACGCCAAGCCAUGCCCUUGGGAGUUCUACAUCUACCGUCAGAUUCACAUGAGAAUCGAAGGCCCACAGCGGCAACUGUUUGGCUCGGCAUCAGCCUACCAUGAGUUUCCUGAUGCCUCCAUCCUCGCUUGCUCCCUUGGCACCAGUGGCACUCUGCAGGACGUGGUGAACGCGUUCAAGAAGCAGGGCAAGCCGGUGCCGGAGCCCCUGUGCGUGUUCUACACGGCGCAGAUGCUGAGAGCCGUGGAGGCCCUCCACGCUGCACACAUCCUCCAUGGCGACAUCAAGCCCGACAAUUUCCUGCUGCGAUUCGGAGCUGACAGUGAGAAUCCCAAGGAGAUGGUCACUGCUAUCGAGGCCGGUGCACCUUCCACGGGCCUCACCCUAGUGGACUACGGGCGCAGCAUUGACAUGCGCCAUUUCCCAGAAGGUUCCUCAUUUGUCUCGGACAGUGGGCCGGAGAACUUCCAGUGUCCACAGAUGGUGGAGGGGCGCCCGUGGACCACUCAGGCCGACCUGUAUGCAGUGUGCGCCACAGCCUACUCUCUGCUGCACGGGCAGUAUAUGGAAGUAGAGAGGGUGCCUGCAGGGGAGGGGGGCACUACUGCCAGUGCCAGCGGAACAGCAGAUGCGGACAGUUUUGCUGAUGAACUCUCUGCUGGCUCUGAGAAGGAUAAGGGUUCUUACUGUCGCCCAAGGCUCCAACUCAAGAGGUAUUGGAACCACGAACUGUGGCAUGCACUGUUUCACACCUACCUCAAUGUGUCUGCGGGUCAGCCCGCUCCUCCUCCAGCUCCAAUUCGUCGCCGCUUUGAGCAGUAUUUGGCCGACCAUGCAAGUGAUGUUUCUGUGCAGCUUUGCCGCCUGCGCAGCCAGCUGUAG